AUCUUUGCUUCUGUAAAUCUUGUUUUUCUUCUCUCAAAGUCUCACCGUAACGCAUUUAUCCCUCUGCAUACUAUUUUUCUAUCUCAUAUUUGUCAAUGAAGUCAGUUUUGCAAUUGGGGUUUAGGAGUUUCCUUCAUCCCUCCAGCCUUGCAGUGAAUCAGAGUAGGUUGAGAGUUGCAACAUUGAUACCUAAUGUGCAAAGGAAUGUAAUGGCAUCGAAUCAAUCCUCUAUAACUUUAUCCACACAAAAUUCAGAGCCUGGCGGGACAAGGAGAGAUAUAAGUCUGGUAACAAAUUUCGGAAGAGACUGUUGUGAGAUGGUUUUUAUUCGAGAAAAUGACUGUAAAGUGGACAUUCAAAGUUUUAAGGAUGACCCGUCGAGAAUUGAGGCUAUGACGGUCCAAGAACUGAGAAUGACAUUGAGAUGCGUAGGUCUUCUGGCCAAAGGGCAUAAGCGUGAACUUGUAACUGCACUGCAAUGCUUUCUGGAGAAUAAAACAGUUGGUACGCAUUAUUUGUCUACUACUUAACAUGGCUAGAGAUUGGAUGCAUCGACAUGAAACAACGGUUGGUAUCAUUUAUAUUCAUAUAAUCACAUCUCCUCUUUUUGUUGUCGGUUUAUUUAUGAGGCCCAAGAAGAGAAGGGAAGGGGAAAGAGGACAAACAUUUCUAGUCUAGAUAUUAUGAAUGGCUACGAUGUAUUGACAUGAAACAACUGUUGAAAUUUUAUUAGUUGUGUCUAUAGGAGAUUGGAUGGAUAUUACUGUCUAAUAACUGUUUGGCAAUGAUCAUUGGAGCUAUUGGCUCUAUUGAGAAUUAAUGUCUAUGCCUUCAAAAUUACGGAAUAAAGUAUCUACCGGUUUUGUUUUCCAAUCCAUGUUGACCGUCAUUUUCUAAAAAUUGAUUGAAGAAAUCAUGAAACUUCUAGUCAAAACAUUUUAGCAUGGGAUUUAUUGUGAAAUUCUAUUAAUCCAAUCCUUGUAAGUUCCGUUCAUUACUAAUCUGAAGAGCAUUGUCAGAGUUCUGAUAUUAAAGGUUUAGAUGUCAAUAGUCUGUUAUGGAUAUAAGCUCAUUCUUAUUAUGAAAUUGUAUGGCAAGUUCUUUCAACUGAUUUGUAACCUUUGGCCUAGUACUGAUUUCAACACUAUUAAUGAAGUCAGGUUAUGCUGUUAUUAGUUGCUUACUAAGGUAAGUUAGCUGUUUGUGUGUCUACCUUGCGUUUAAAUUCUAAUCUUCUUUUAUGUAUUGCUUGCUUGUUUUGAUUUAUUUUAAACGUGUUUUUAAUAUAUACUGUUUGAUUGUUUUUGGAUCAAUUUUUUGUUUGUUAACUCUGUAAAAUAAUUGUAACUCAUAAAUUUCCCCUCCCUUCUUCUUCUUCUUCUUUUUCUUCUUCUUUUAGCCUCCAAAAAUUAGAUAAUUCAUCAAUAAUGUCACAUCUGUUCCACUUGAGGAUAUUGAAGAACCUUUAGAAGGUUUCAUUUGGGAAUUUGAUAAGGUGAUUCUGAAACUGUAUCGACAUUUUGUUUUAUAGUUACCAUGCCGAAUAUUUAUGACUUAUUUUAUUUUAUUUUUAAUAUGCUGGGAGAUUUCCAUCAUUGGGUUGACCUCUUUAAUCAUUUCGAUUCAUUUUUUGAGAAGCAUAUAAAGACAAGGAAGGAUUUACAGGUUGAGAAUAAUUUUUUGGGCUCCGAUCCUCCAUUUCCAAGAGAUGUGCCAACUAACUUGCGAUUUUCUCUUCUGACAAGGAUGCGAUUUGCAAGAACAUUUCAUUCUUUAUCUGCUCGGCAGUAGUAUACCUACAUUCGCUUGUAUGCCUUCAUUGUUCUUGUUCAAUCAAGUGGCGAUGCUGAUGAUCUAGUUAGUUUCUUUAACUCUGAGCCUGAGUUUGUAAAUAAGUUAGUUGGCUUAUUAAGCUAUGAGGAUGAGGUUCCUGUAAAAAUACAAAUCCUUUGUCUAUUAUCUGAGGUUCCUGUAAAUUUUCUUAUUGAUGUAUGUGUUCUUGAAUAUUCAUUUUUUGGGAAUUCUGAUAGUUCUAUUGAGAACAUGUGGUUGUGAAAUAUUUUUGGGAGUGUGUUUCUUUGAACAAGUUGAAGAUAAAUUUUUCGUUUUGCAUUGUUAUGAUGCCAAAAAAUUUUCAUCGUCUUCGUAUCUCAUAUCUAGGUAAUCAAGCUUCUCUUCUUCAAGAUCUUGAAAAAGAAGAUUCUCUCAUCUAUUGUAUCAACUCUUGAGAUCUAUCUGUUUUUCUUGGAAGAAUAUGUUUAAAUUGGCUAUUUUCUAUUUUUUCUUCUUAUGUAUGAGCUGAGAAAGAAAGAUUACUAAAAUAAUGUCAUCUUUUGUUGUUUUUUCAUCAAUAUUUAAGACACCUUUGGAAGAGACAUGGAAGGCAUUGUAGUCGUUCACAUGUCUCGCCGCACGCACUGCCAGGUUCGUUCUACCCUAUACUUUUCAUAAUGUUGUUUGUGUGUUUUUUAGGUGUUUGGAAGGGGUAGGGAGGAAAUGGAUUUAUUGCAACAAUAAGAGAUUCACGUAAAAAUUAUUCCUGGUAAGUUCAUUUUUGAAUGCUUGCAGUUUUAAGAAUAGUUUCUAAGUGUUUUCAAGUGACUCUAAUGAUAUGGAAAUUCCUGUUUGAGAAGUUAUAGUAUGCUUAUUUCUCUUUGGUCCAUAUUGGAUUAGAAUAUAACACCCGUUUAUGACUCAUGGGUACUAUUUAUUUGUAGUUUAGAUUUGAUUCAAGGUGCUUGAGUUUGUUAGUUACACUAUGGUAGUUUAUGGGUUAUUCAUGCACUAUGGUAGUUUUCGUGACAACUUUUGAGAUUUGAAAUACAUUGUGAGCUAAAUUUGCUUAUUGAUGUAUGUGUUCUUGAAUAUUCACUUUUUGGGAAUUCUGAUAGUUCUGUUGAUAACAAGUGGCUGUGAAAUAUUUUUGGGAGUGUGUUUCUUUGAACAGAUUCAAGGUAAAUUUUUGGUUUUAUUGUGAUAGCAUUGUUAUGGUGCCAAAAAUUUCCCAUCGUCUUCGUAUCUCAUAUCUAGGUAACCAAGCUUCUUUUCUUCAAGAUCUUGAAAAAGAAGAUUCUCUCAUUUAUUUAACUAUUGAGUUUUCUUGUUUUGCAGGUGCAACAAAGGAGUAAAGAUUUGGUAU